AUGCUAGGAUGGCUGCUAUUUGCCGAAAUCAUGAAUUUCUGCACUUUCCUUAAUGCGCAGAUGAUCAAGCCGAGUGGUAUCGAUCGAAUUAUUGGAAUUGAGACUGCGCCUACACAAAUGGUGAUCACGACUACGAAGGAAGGGCCCACUGAGCAGUUGAGCGUGAAAAUUGAGGUCACCGACUUGCAAGACCACCGGAUAUUUACGCCAAUUUCGUUAAGUGGAUUGUUUCUAUUAAUAAGCCGAGGACGGUAUACAGUACCCUUCCUCCGGCCCGACCACUUCUAUGGGGUCUACUUUCAAAGUGAGAACACUGUAAAUGGCGUCCGAAUGUUUCACAACGAGACGAGGAUCGUGAAAACGAUGCCGAGGCAUGGAGAAAAUACCACGAACAAUUUUGUGGAUCCGAGAUUUGAGAUCUACGUGCAUCGGAACGAUGAGAAUGGGGGCAGCAACACCGAGGGUGUUUUUGUGACAAUCAAAUGGCUGACGGAGAGGAGGAUCCCGGGAAGCUUCCUCUCGAUAAAAAUCCGUGUCCUAUGCGAGCAUACCAACGCGACAGAAAACGUCCAUUUAAGAGAUACUGAAGCCGGGAUCACGUUAGAAAUUGCGAUGGACCACAAAAUGGACGUCGAGGAUAUGGAAGAGAAUUCCCACCAAAUCAAGGCUAACAUCUCGCCGUUGAAGUGCAGGGAAAUCUGCUGGGACGUCGACUACGUGCUACCCGUCCUGAGCAGGAACUUCACCCGAGAAUUUAACAGAACCUGCGAGAAAAUUGAGGGCACCACGACGACUACUUUUGUUAGGGAGCUGAAAUCGUACAAGGUGAUCGGAAAUACGCUCUACGUCCUCACUGAAAUCCCAGAAAAUCAGGCUGAUCACGGGGUAGUGACUUUGAGCGCCCAGAACUUGGCAGAGAGCAUGGAGGAGCCGAUUUUUAAGGAGUAUCAGGUCGCCACAACCCCAAACGGCACCUUCAUGCUCCAACUCGAAGAAGGAAACGCCUACGCGAUCACCUACAAGUACAUCAAGGCCCUCCCAUUCAAAUAUUCCACCAAAGACCACUUUAUGAUCGAGAUUCCAGCCUCUAAAAAAUCCGGAAAUUCCUCUAGAGAGGAGCUGGAUUCCGGUAGUCUCGUCGAUUUGUAUGGAUUG